AUCGUAAAUAAAAAAAAAAAAAAAAAAAAAAGAAAAAAGGAAUUACGCUGCAACAGCGGCUUUUCUAACCUGGAACAUAUGUGUAGACCACAUAUGAAUCAAUCAUUGAGUGGAGGAUCCAGUAGGUAUAUAAGGAAGGCAAAUGUAUUGUAUUUUAAUCUCAAUUAAUCAUCAUCCAACUCUUAUUGUUCUUACAGAAUUGUACUGGCAGGUCCAAGUUUUUUAUACAACAAAAAGAAACAAUUUGACGUGAGAUUCUGGUAAAAAAUAUUCGGAGACACUAAAAAUAUAUUUGCAAUAAUUACUUAACUAUGGGAAAAGAGAACGAUUCUGUUUCCAUCGAGUCGGUGUCGAGCACACCUGGCAGUCCUAAUGAGAAGACUGUCGUCAAGCAAGAAAAAAAGAAAGAAUUCCGUUGGAGAGUGGUUGACAACGAGUCUCCACCGGAGAUUUACAACAAGACACUUUACCUUUCUGUCUUUGUCUUUGGUGUUUUAGGGUCAGCCAGAGGAUUUGAUGAAGGUUGUAUUUCCGGAACUGUUGCUCAAAAGUCUUUUAUUGAAGAGUUUGGACUUAAGUCCAAGCUUUUGACUCUCUCAGAGCAAGCCAAUCUUAAGUCCAACAUCACCUCAAUGGUCCAAUUGGGUUCCAUUGGUGGUAGUGCCUUGGCCAUGUGGACUGUUGAUCGUUUUGGUAGAAUUAGAACUUUGCAAGGGGUUUGUGUCUUAUGGAUUGCUGCUGCUAUUAUCCAGGCCACUUCCCAUUCUGUUGGACAAUUGUAUGCUGGUCGUUUGAUUGAAGGGUUUGCUAUCGGUCAGACCACUACUAUUGGUCCAACUUACAUGUCUGAAGUUGCGCCAAAGGCCAUCAGAGGUCUUUGUGGAUGUAUCUUUGCCGGUGCUGUAUAUUUUGGAAUUAUGACUGCUUACUUCGCUAACUAUGGUACUGCCUUGCAUGUCGUUGGUCGUAAUCAAUGGGUUAUUCCAACUUCCAUGAAGUGUGUUUUAGCCUUUCUUAUUUUAGUUGGAUCUACUUUCCUUUGUGUUGAAUCUCCUCGUUGGCUUAUGAAAAUCGGUAAUGAUGAUAAGGCUGCGAAAAACUUGUCGAGGCUUCGUGGGCUUCCAGUUGAUCAUCCAUACAUCUUGAGUGAAAUCGCCGACAUCAAUGAACACGUUUUGAGAGAAAAGGAACAGACUAGUGGUAACACAAUCUUGGGUAACUUUAGAGAAAUUAUCAUGACCAAGUCCAUCAGAUAUCCAUUCUUUGCGGUUUGUUGUAUGUCUCAACUUCUUGGGCAAUGGUCUGGUGCCAACGCCAUUACCAUUUACUCUCCUGAACUUAUGGCCUUGGCUGGUGCUGCAGGUACUGAAAAGCUUAAGAUGACUGCUGUUUUAGGUGUGGUGAAGUUUAUCUCUGCAUACCUUUCUGCCUUCUUUAUUAUUGAUUUCUUGGGUCGUAGACGUGCCCUUUACAUCGGUAUCACCGUGCAGUUAAUAUCCAUUCUUUACUUUGCAAUUUUCUUGACCAUUGUUCCUGAAGCUGAAGAAGAUCAUCCAAACUUGUCAAAUUCCCAAUUUCAUGCUGCACAGGCUGCCCUUGCAGCUCUUUUCCUUUCUGGUACUGGAUGGACUAUGGGAUUCAACUCAAUUCAAUAUCUUAUUGGUUCUGAAAUGUUCCCUCUUCGUAUCCGUUCCUUUGCACAAUCCCUUGUUAUGGUGUUGCAUUUUGCUAACCAAUACGGUAACUCCAAGGCUCUUCCAAAGAUGUUGCUUGCCAUGGACAAUUAUGGUGCAUUCUAUUUCUUUGUCGCUGUUUUGGCCUGUUCUCUCUUUUGGGCUUACUUUUUCAUCCCUGAAGUUUCUGGUCGUUCUUUGGAAAGUAUUGAAGAAAUCUUCUCAUUGCCUUGGUACCUUGUUGGAAGACGUGGUGCUGAACUUUGUCCUGAUCACUCCGAAAUCAACAGAGUCACUCAUAAUGAAGAAGGUAAUGGCAAUGCUCAUGGUGGUCAUAUUGAUUACGAAACAAAGCCAUCUGAAGAAUUUUUGGAGGAUGUUGAAGAUGAAGGAGUAUUGAAAAGGGCUAAUAACACUAAAUCUAAUGGAAAAAAUUAGGGUGUUAAUUAGUUUUAUAGUGAAUUUAAUAUGAAUUUAUGUAUAAAUCUU